AUCAUUUCUGAUCUCUCCUCAGAAACGUUCAUUUAGAGAGCACCUCUCAGUUCUAUCAGACAUGUUUUACGGGAUUUCCUCUGUGUUUUUCAUUCUCGUAUUCGGGGGCCUCGUUCACGGCGGGCCCCUGACGGACCCUCACCCUAACAUCACAGACCAGGAGCUGUUCUGGGGGGCUGACCAGUACGACUUCGCCGUGGUGCUUCGAGCGUCAGGGUUGGAGUGUUUCUGGCACUUCGCUCACCAUGGAGAAACUUUCUACCUCAACUUCAUGGUUCAGUGGGUGACAGGAGUCGGCCAUGACAGACACCUGUCAGUCGCUGUGAACGCUCCCAGCGGUCUGUUGGUUUCCACGGCCGAUGAGGCGAAGGGUCAGAUCAGCUUUGAGGCCAAAGAGACAGGUUUCUAUCAGAUGUGCUUCAGCAACUUCCACAACCGUUUCGGCUCCAUGCAGGUCUUCAUGAGCUUCGGCGUUUACUACGAUGGAUUCCAGGAUCAGGCCAAUCAGAAAGAGGAGGAGAAGAAGAAGAGGGAGGAGGCAAACGCAGAGCUGAACAACACACUGAGCUUCAUCGAGCAAUCGUGUCACAGAGUGGAGAACUCUGUGUUCCACGUGUUUCGCUUCUACAGCUUCAGCCGCAUGAGGAAGAGCGCCGACUACUACCUGCUUCUGUCCAACUCUUCCUACAUCAGCUGGUGGUCCACGGCCCUCAGCCUCCUCAUCGUCACCUCGGGGUACCUGCAGCUCAUGUUCCUCAAAAGACUCUUCGUCAGCCGGACGAGCACGGAGGAGGAGAAGCCCCGCUGCUGACAGACUCACAGAAACAACAGUCUGUAUAAAGCGAAUUAAUCUGUGUGCUGGUUUUAGGAGCCAUGAAGGACGCUGACAGGCUGGGCUGGCUUUUCUCUGGGGUUGAACUUGAAUGCUUAGAUGUAUUUACACAGUAUGAAUAAAAGUUGCUGUGCCAUG